GAUCUGCCUGCCUGACUUGUUAUCUGCUGUUUGUCUGUAGAAUACACUUCUACACCUUACCCAGACUUCUUGAUCGAGUUAGCUGAGUCGGGGACAACGAACCAGAAUAGUCUAUCGAGUCGCUGAAUCAUUGAUCCUUCGUUCGUUCGAGUAAGACGCAUCAGUAAUCGCAUUCAAGCAAUAACGAACCAUAACAAAUUGGCGACGGUGGUUUUUCGAUUAUGGACCCUGCAAAACUUGAACUGUUACUUGAGCAGCAGCUAAAAUUGAUGCAAAUGUUAAUGGAGACCAAGGUUACGCCUCCUUUACAGCCAAGCACGUCGAGCUCAACCACGGCACCAUCGGUAGAUGGCAUCGCAAACAGCAUAGCUGAAUUUCAUUACGAUCCUGAUUCUAAUGUUACUUUUGAAAUGUGGUUCAGGCGUUAUGAAGAUCUAUUUAAAUUUGAUUUCGCCAAUCAAGAUGAUGCUUGGAAAGUGCGGCUGCUACUUCGUAAACUGGGUGCAAAUGAGCUGGACAAGUAUUGCAAUCUGAUCUUGCCGUUGAACCCACGUGAUCGAUCAUUUGCAGACACAGUUCAAACAUUAAUCCAGCAUUUUGGCGAUAACUCGUCACUGUUUAAUACUCGUUAUCGUUGCUUGAAGCUGACUAUGAACGAAGAUGAUGAUUUUCUUACGCAUGUGGGCGUCGUCAACCGUGAAUGCGAACGCUUCCGGUUAAAGUCCUUGACUGAAGAUCAGUUUAAAGCCCUGAUCCUUAUUUGCAGCCUACAGCACCAAAAGUUCAGUGACUUACGAACAAGGCUACUAAGUCGUUUGGAUCAAGAACCGAAACUCACCCUGAGUGAUAUAGCUAAUGAAUAUCAACGUCUCAUUAAUCUUCAACGAGACACUUCUAUGGUCCAGAGUGGUGGUUCUAGCCGAUUUGAAGUACGAGCGGUGCAACAGACACCUCACAAAAACAAACACGUCCCCGCUUCAUCCAGUCCAUCUCACUCCAGCUCUAGACGACAGACUAAAGCAACUCCUCCUGCUCCUUGCUGGCAAUGUGGUGCAUGGCACUACGUUCGAAACUGCCCAUUUAAACAACAUCGAUGCAAGAAGUGUAAGGUUAUUGGCCAUAAGGAUGGGUUUUGUCUGACGAAGAAGACUCCAAGUCAAUCAAGAAAUACCAAAAAGACCUGUCCUAGAUCCCGCACCAGUUCAUUGAGCUUAGUAUCUUCGUGUCAAAGCUCAUCACCGUGUCAGAGAAAAUUUAUUACUGUUAACAUUAAUGGGCAUUCAUUUAGACUGCAAAUAGACACUGCAUCUGAUGUAACAAUUCUCUCACGAAAAUAUUGGAUCAGAAUGGGAAGACCACGCAUGGUUCCAACAACACAAAAACCUCGAACUGCAUGCGGUAAUUACCUACGUUUGUUGGGACAACUAGAUUGUAAAGUGUCUUUUCACGAUUCGACGUUUACCGGUGUAUGUUACAUCACACCAGCUGAUCUUAAUCUACUUGGGUUAGACUGGUUUGACCAGCUACAUUUAGCUGACGUUCCUUUAAGCACCGUAUGCCAUCUGGUGAAACAACCUCAUGAACCUGAAACAUAUUCGAAAGAACUACUGACGGAGUUUUCAACCAGCGAACACCAUACGGCCGGCGAAGAUACAGUUAUCGCCUCCCUGAUGACAAAGGACUACGCGCAGUGCUACCUGACAACUGCUAUUCGUGCUUUGCCAGUCUCAGCAGCUGAAAUACAAUCUGCAUCCAAGAACGACUCCAUCAUAAAGAGAGCGAUGAAAUACGUCACAAAUGGCUGGCCGCCGACUGGACUCGAUGGUGACUUGAAACAGCUUUACCAUCGUCGGGACUCAUUAUGCGUCGUAAACGAAUGCUUGAUGUUUGGAGAUAGAGUAGUGGUACCAGAAUCCCUAAGAUCAAAGGUGCUAAAGCAAUUCCACACUGGUCAUCCUGGUAUAAAACGAAUGAAAUCCAUCGCCAGAAGCUAUGCUUAUUGGCCCCUCAUGGACCAACAUAUCGUGGAUUUAGUAAGCAAGUGCACACAAUGUCAGCAAGCAGCUAAGUGUAACGCGAAAAUACUACCAGUCCCAUGGCCACAGCCUGAGUAUCCCUGGUCCAGGAUACAUGUCGAUUUCGCAGGCCCAAUUAACGGAAUCACCUAUCUAGUUGUUGUCGACGCCUUUUCGAAAUGGCCUGAAAUCAACCCUAUCAUACCGCCAACGACAACUAAAACAAUACAGAUCCUCACAGAAAUUUUCUCUCGAAAUGGUAUACCAGAUGCUAUUGUGUCUGACAACGGGUCACAGUUCACAUCCAGCCAAUUUCAGUCAUUCUGUCAACGACUAGCCAUAAAGCACUUACGCUCGCCACCAUGCCACCCGCAGUCGAAUGGGCAAGCAGAAAGGUUUGUGGAUACGUUUAAGAGAGCCUUGGCUAAAACAAAGGGGGAGGGGACGCCAGCAGACGCGUUGCAAAAUUUCUUAUACGUGUAUCGAACAACACCAAAUGAAACGUUGCCGGAGCGAAAGUCCCCAGCCGAGAUCCUAAUGGGAAGAAGACUGAAGACAAUCCACAGCCUGAUGCAUCCAAGGAAUGCACCGACACCAGUACGGACAAAGUUUGAAAAGCAAUCCACGUACGAAGUGGGAUGUCCGGUGUUUGCCCGUGAUUACAGACCGACCCAUAGUCCAUGGACAGAAGCGCGAGUGGUCAAAAGAGUUGGCCGAGUCAUGUACGAAGUUGAGGUAGGUAGUGACAGGUGGCAACGCCAUCGGAACCAGUUACGCAAACGGUUAGCCCCAGACCGCCCAUCAACAGAAUCAAAUAUUCCUCUUGACAUUCUGCUAGACACAUUCAACUUACCGGCAACCCCACCACAAGAAAAACCUCAACAACAAACUGAAACACGUCCAAGACGGUGGCCUAUCCGAGAACGGCGAGCAACAAUCAGGAUGCAGGUUGACCCCAGGAAAGCCCGCUAUUAAAAAGGGGAGGAGUGUUGGGGACGAUAGAUCCCCAAACUCAUAUUUUAAAAUUUAUCUUAUCGAUCAUCUUAUUGAUUAAAUGUUAGAUAUUUUUAUUGGGGUCAAUUGGUGAACUAAUCGAUUAAAUGUUUGAAUAGCAGUCAAUUGAUGAACUAUCGAUUACAUGCGCAAAUAGGUCAAUUAAUGAACUCAUUGAUUAAUGUUUAAAAAUUUUCUAUCGAUUGUAAAUAAUUGUAUAAAUACGCUUGACUUGUAUGCUUGAUCUGAUCUGCCUGCCUGACUUGUUAUCUGCUGUUUGUCUGUAGAAUACACUUCUACACCUUA